GGGGGCCCGAAGCCGAAACACCCUCGCUCGCCGUCCGGUCUCUCACAAAUAACGUUACCGGCACCCCCCAAAUCGAAAUGUUUGGUUCCUUGUACGUUGCAGGCCUCCGGGUCCGGUCGCACCACCGACUGCAGGUCUGCCUCCGACAUCGCCGUUUGGUUCACUAACUCCCAAAACCGGCGGACCGGUCUCCCCGCCCUCAUCAUCUCCGUCCCCGUGAUUGCAUUCAUAGGGGG